AUGUCUCGACCCCGCAUUACAAGGCCUUCCAGAAUAGUCAGGAGGGAAGAUCUCAACAAAAAGAAAACCAGUCAGUUGAAGAAGACAUCCAAGCCAGUCAACAAAAAUGUGGCAUCAGUCAAGACAAUGAGUCCUGGAAAAUUAAAGCAACUAAUUCAAGAACGAGAUGUUAAGAAAAAAACAGAACCCAAACCACCCAUGCCAGUCAGAAGCCUUCUGACAAGAGCUGGAGCAGCACGAAUGAAUUUGGAGAGGACUGGGGUUCUUUGUCAGAACCCGGAGUCCUUAACUUGCAAUGGGUUUACAAUGACUCUCCGAAGUACCUCUCUUAGCAGGCGACUCUCCCAACCUCCAGUAGUCAUAGCCAAACCCAAGAAAGUUUCACCACCUAAGAAUUUAGAAAAGCAACGUGAGUGUGAUGAUAAGGUACUUACUAAUACAGGAGUAAAGCCCUCAGAGAAUGAUUCUGUCUCAACACAAGACCCCCUAGUCCCUCCUGACAUAGAGAAUCUAAUUGGCGUACAAAAUACAUCUUUAAUUAAUGGUGAGAGCCAAGGGACAACCCAGUCUUCAUCACAAAGAGUUGAAGAUUCUAAAAUAAAAUUUCCCACUCACAGCGGUUCCACAGCAGAGAUCCAUUCUGGGGCACUGGAAGGGACACAUGGCAGUGAAGGACUGUUCUCUAAAGAGACAUUGAAUGAUGUCAUUGAUUCCCCUAGAAUGUUUGCUCAGGACACUUCGUGUGCUCCUUUGCUCCAAAUCGCAGCCCCCAAGGUUACCUCUGAAGGAAACUCCAGCAUUCAGUUAGAAGAUUUAGGUUCACGAGUAGAAUCUCUUAAGCUAUCUGAUUCUUUCCUGGAUCCCAUCAAAAGUGAACAUGAUUGCUGCCCCACCUCCAGCUUUAAUAAGGUUGUACCUGAAUUGAACCUUAGAAAUUAUUUGUCCGUUGGUGGGUCAAUAUAUCCUACCUCAUUAUUAAAACUCGUCUUCGCAAGCUCAGAACAAGGAACCCUUGGUGCUAAACCAGAUCAUCUAGUGGUACUCAAAGCUACCCCACAUCAGCAGGAAGUUCCUGAUAAUACCCCUGUCUUAGGACAGGCCUUUAGUGCUGUCCCACAUCAAUGGAAAGUUCCUGGUGCUAAUCCACUUCAUGGAGAGGCUCUGGGUGAGACCUCAGACGCAUCAGACAUCUCUGGUGCUAUUUCAGUCCAAGGAGAGGUCUUUGGUGCUAUUCUAAAUCAACAAGCCCUUGGUAUGGGUGGUGGUACUGCCUCAGACCCACCUAUCUUUCUUCCUGCUCCUCUAAACCAAAUUGUUGCCUAUAAUACUCUCCCAGAAUGGCCUGAUCCCCAGAGCACUGUUUCAUAUGGGCUUGAGGUCCAGGGUACAAUGCAGAUUUUGUCUUUGGGCACAGGUCACACUCCUCAACCACCAUCAAAAUCAGACAUAAAUUCAGAACCUCUAGCAAUGGCUAUAAGCAAUAUACAAAAUGAGAAGCAAGUUCAUAUAAGCUUUCCACCAGCUAACCCUCAGGGCUUCACAUUAGCCCCUGGGAGAGGACUCUACCAUGCUCCACAAGGCAUUGCCCAACACUCCCUGGCUGGUCCCAGCAAAUUGGAAGGAGGGAUCUCCCAGAUCAAUACCCCAGUGGUGUCUAAGCCAGUGUCACUGGCCAGUACCUCCACUUCUUCCUACACAACUUUGCUACCUACUUUGGAAAAGAAGAAACGGAAGCGAUGUGGGGUCUGUGAGCCCUGCCAGCAGAAGGCCAACUGUGGUGAAUGUACUUACUGCAAGAACAGAAAGAACAGCCACCAAAUCUGUAAGAAGAGGAAAUGUGAGGAACUUAAAAAAAAACCACCCGCCAUUUUGCCUUUGGAGGUUAUAAAGGAAAACAAGAGGCCCCAGAGGGAAAAGAAGCCCAAAGUUUUAAAGGCAGAUUUUAACAACAAACCAGUAAAUGGCCUCAAGUCAGAAUCCAUGGACUACAGUAGAUGUGGUCAUGGGGAAGAAAAAAGAUUGGAAUUGAACCCUCAUCCCCUUGAAAAUGUAACUAAAAAUGAAGAAAGUAUGACAGGUAUUGAAGUGGAGAAAUGGACGCAAAACAAGAAAUCACAUUUAACUGAACAAGUCAAAGGAGAGGUCAAGACAAUUGUGACAGAAGCUGAAAAACUGAAAAACUCUGAAGAUGACAGGAACAAAGUCCUACUUACUGAACUCCUUGAACCUCAAAAAUUGUUUGCACAAACUGUAAGAAACGGCAUUAAAAAUGUACACUAUUUACCAUCUGAAACAAAUGUGUCUUUUAAAAAAUUCAACAUUGAAGAACUUGGCAAGGUGUUUGAAAAUAAUUCCUAUAAACUCCUGAAAGACCCUGCAAAGCAUAACAAUGCCAUGAGCUCUAAUGCUACUGAUGCAAGCUGCGAUCAUCUUAAGGGGAAAAGUAACGUUUUAGUCUUCCAGAAGCCUGGCUCUAACUGCAAGUCUUUUCCAGAUCCUGCAAACUUCAACUUAAAUAGUCAUAUUACUACACCCACUGAAAGUGAUCAACCAAAAUCUAUAGAAAAUAUACCAAGUAAAGAACCAAAACAUGGAUCUCCAGUUCAGCCCAGUCUUCUAUCCCUAAUGAAAGAUAGGAGACUAACACUGGAGCAAGUGGUUGCUAUAGAAGCUUUGACUCAGCUUUCAGAAGCCCCUUCAGAAAAUUCCUCACCAUCAAAGUCAGAGAAGGAUGAAGAAACAGAGCAGAGAACAGCUAGUUUGCUUAAUAGCUGUAAAGCCAUCCUCUAUUCUGUAAAGAAAGACCUCCAAGAACCAAAUUUGCAAGGGGAGCCUCAAAGCCUUCCUCACUGUCCAUCUUUGGAAAAGCAAAGUUCAUGCAACACAGUGGUGUUUAAUGGCCAAAAUAUCAUUUCCAAGUCACACAACAUCUCAGCUACUAACCAGGCUUCCACAAAACCACAGGAAUAUUCAAAAGUAAAAAAUACAGUAUCUCUUUUUACACCAAAUUCAAGUUCAUCUGAAAUUGACACCAAUAAAAAUGCUGCUCCAAGUAAAAUUAAUCUUGAUAGUUGCUCCAAGAAUUUGCAUCAGUUGCCACCAACAAGUAAUACAUUAGGGUCCUGUAACCAAUUAUUGGACAGCACUAAAAAGUUGGACUCAAAGGAUGAUUCAUUAUGUCAAGAUACAGUUCAUAGUAAAAUAGAGGAAGAUGUUGCAACACAGUUAACACAACUUGCAUCAAUAAUUAACUUCAAUUAUAUAAAACAAGACGAAAUAAAUGUUGAAAGUACACCAACAAACCCUGUUGCAUAUAAUGUGCAGCAAAAACACAGUCAGGAGAAGGGUACGAUACAGCAGAAACCACCUUCCAGUGUACAAAAUAAUCAUAGCUCAUCAUUAACAAAGCAAAAGAACACAACCCAGAAAAAGACGAAAUCUACCCCAUCAAGAGAUCGGCGGAAAAAGAAGCCUGCAGCCAUGAGUUGUCAAGAAAAUGACCAGAAAAAGCAGGAACAGUUGUCACAUGAAUAUAGUAAAUUACAUGACCUCUGGAUAGCAUCUAAAUUUCAAAGAUUUGGUCAAUUUGGUCCACAUCAUUUUCCUAUCCUGUUGGGAAAAAUUCCUCCUGUAACCAAAGUAUGGAAACCACUGACUCAAACAAGUUCAGCAUUAGAACACAAAAAAUUAUUUCCUCCAAUCACUCAGAUAAAAUUUGAACGAUAUUAUCCUGAAUUAGCACAGGAAAAAAUGAUGAAGGUUGAUCUGUUGGAUUCUCUCCCCAUAUCCCAGUUACAAACAGAAUCCAGUGGGCAGGCGUUUACAGAAAAAGUUUAUAAUUCUCAGGUACAGCCAACAGUGAAUGUCAAUCAGAAAGCUCAUCCUUUACUCCAACCUUCUUCUCCAACUAAUCAGUGUGCUAAUGUGAUGGCUAACAAUGACCAAAUACAGUUCCAGCUGGAUGUUAAAGACCAACUCAUGCAUCAGCAACAGCCAACAUUGCCUGGGAUCUCUCAUGAGACCCCCUCAUUGGACCCAGCACAAGUUCUCAGGAAUGUAAAUGUAGUAUGUUCCGGUGGAAUUACAGUGGUUUCUACCAAAAGCGAAGAGGACAUCUGUUUGUCGAGUGUUGGAUCAUCAGAAUUUUCCCCAGUAGACAACGCACAGAAAAGUUUUAAUAAUUAUGCCAUGAACUUUUUUACUAAUCCUACAAAAAACCUCGUGUCCACAACAAAAGAUUCUGAAUUGCCAACCUGUAACUGCCUUGAUCGAGUUAUACAAAAAGAAAAAGGCCCAUAUUAUACACACCUUGGGGCAGGACCAAGUGUUGCUGCUGUCAGGGAAAUCAUGGAGAAUAGGUAUGGGCAAAAAGGAAGCGCAGUAAGGAUAGAAAUAGUAGUGUAUACCGGAAAAGAAGGCAAAAGCUCUCAUGGGUGUCCAAUCGCUAAGUGGGUUUUAAGAAGAAGCAGUGAUGAAGAGAAAGUUCUUUGUUUGGUUCGGCAGCGUACAGGUCACCACUGCCCAACAGCCGUGAUGGUGGUGCUCAUCAUGGUAUGGGAUGGCAUUCCUCUUCCCAUGGCAGACAGAUUGUAUACGGAGCUUACCGAAAAUCUAAAGUCAUACAAUGGUCAUCCCACAGACCGAAGAUGCACUCUCAAUGAAAAUCGUACCUGUACAUGUCAAGGAAUUGAUCCAGAGACUUGUGGAGCUUCAUUCUCUUUUGGCUGUUCAUGGAGUAUGUAUUUCAAUGGCUGCAAAUUUGGUAGAAGCCCAAGCCCUAGAAGAUUUAGAAUUGAUCCAAGCUCUCCCCUGCAUGAAAAAAACCUUGAAGAGAAUUUACAGAGUUUGGCCACACAAUUAGCUCCAGUUUAUAAGCAGUAUGCUCCAGUUGCUUACCAGAACCAGGUAGAAUAUGAACAUGUUGCCCGAGAAUGUCGGCUUGGCAGCAAAGAAGGUCGUCCUUUCUCUGGAGUGACUGCUUGCCUAGACUUCUGUGCCCAUCCCCACAGGGACAUUCACAACAUGAAUAAUGGAAGCACUGUGGUUUGUACUUUAACACGAGAAGAUAAUCGCUCAUUGGGUGUUAUUCCUCAAGAUGAGCAGCUGCAUGUGCUGCCCCUUUAUAAACUUUCAGACACAGAUGAGUUUGGCUCAAGGGAAGGAAUGGAAGCCAAGGUCAAAUCUGGGGCCAUUGAGGUCCUCACACCUCGCUGCAAAAAAAGAACAUGUUUUACUCAGCCAGUUCCUCGUUCUGGGAAGAAAAGAGCAGCAAUGAUGACAGAGGUCCUCGCGAAUAAGAUAAGGGCUGUGGAGAAGAAAUUCAUCCCUCGAAUCAAGCGGAAGAAUAACUCGACACAUAACAGUAAGGCUUCAUCACUGUCGCUUUUAGGGAAUAAAACUGAGACCUUGCAACCUGAAAUAAAAAGUGAAACUGAACCCGAUUUUAUCUUCAAAGGUUCGGACAACACUAAAACCUACUCACUGACCCCAUCCAUUCCUCACCCAGUGAAAGAGGCAAACUUAUCCCCAGGCUUCUGGUCCCCUAAGACUGCUUCGACCACAACAUCUUUUAAGAGUGAUGCCUCACUUCUGUGUGGGUUUUCAGAAAGAAGUAGCAAUCCCCACUGCACAGUGCCUUCUGCGAGACACAGUGGUGCUAAUGCUGCUGCUGGGGAAUGCACUGGAAUUGCACAGCCUGGUGAAGUGAGUCCUCUCCCCACCUUGCCUACUCCCAUGUCAGAUUCCCUGGUUUAUUCUGAGCCUCCCAUUUGUCCAUCUGAGCAGCUAACUUCUAAUCAGCCAAAUCAGCAACUCCCACUCAUCACCUCUGCUCCUGAACUUGCUUCAUCUCUGGUGGAAGAAGAUGAGCAGCAUUCGGAAGCAGAUGAGCCUCCAUCAGAUGAUCCCCUAUCAGAUGACCCCCUGUCGCCCGCUGAGGAGAAACUGCCCCACAUUGAUGAGUAUUGGUCAGACAGUGAGCACAUCUUCUUGGAUGCAAAUGUUGGUGGCGUGGCAAUAGCACCUGCUCAUGGCUCUGUGUUAAUUGAGUGUGCCCGGCGAGAGCUUCAUGCUACGACUCCUGUCGAACACCCAAACCGAAAUCAUCCUACACGCCUCUCCCUGGUCUUCUACCAGCACAAAAACCUAAAUAAGCCCCAACAUGGUUUUGAACUAAACAAGAUUAAGUUUGAGGCUAAGGAAGCUAAGAAUAAGAAAACUAAGGCCUCAGAGCAGAAAGAUCUGGCAGCUAAUGAGGGUCCUAAACUAUCCCCUGAAAUUAAUGAAUUGAACCAAAUUCCUUCUCAUAGAGCAUUAACAUUAACCCAUGACAAUGUUGUCACUGUGUCCCCUUAUGCUCUCACACAUGUUGCAGGGCCCUAUAACCAUUGGGUCUGAAGGCUUUUCUCCCUUUCUUAAUGCCUUUGCUAGUGCAGUGUAUUUUUCCAAGGUGCUGUUAAAAGAAAGUCAUGUUGUUGUUUACUAUAUCUUCAUCUCACCCAUUUGAAGGCUGAAGUAAAACAAAAAACAAUAGGGUGGGUAUUUCUUAACUGUGACUAUAUUUUGACAAUUGG